AUGGUCACAUCGAUACAGGACCGGACGAAUGAGUUCCGGACCAUUCUCGCGCAGGCGCAAAGACGACAGAAAGCACCACCGGGGCAACGCCAGUCCUUACUGUCCGAGCAGCAGAAGCGGGAAGCGAAUGACGGAGCACCUCGAAGCGCAAGGUCACAAUUUGCUAGAGAUGCUGCGGCGAUAGGGAGAGGCAUAACUGCAACAAUGGGUAAAUUGGAGAGGCUGGCACAACUUGCAAAGAAGAAGGCCAUUUUCGACGAUCGACCGGUGGAAAUCAACGAAUUGACACAUGUCAUCAAGCAAGAUCUGUCCCGACUGAAUACUCAGAUAUCGAACCUUCAACAAUACACUCAACAACAACACUCCACCCUUCCAAAAUCCCAGGAUCAAGAGGGUCAACAUAAUAAAAAUGUUGUUUUGCUGCUUCAGAAUAAAGUGACUGAUGUGGCCGCUAACUUCAAAGACACUCUCGAGAUCAGGACGAAGAACAUUCAAGCUAGCCGCUCGCGCACCGAGAACUUUGUGAGCUCAGUUUCCGCUCGCUCAACACAAUUCGAUACCUUACGAUCCGAGUCUCCGUUAUAUCAGGGGACCACCGGCAAGUCUCCGCGAGCUGCUCAAUCCUCCGCAAAUGAUCUCCUUACCCUGGAACCCUCCUCCUCAAGCACAUUAUCGCUGAACGGGCCACAAUCGGAUCAGCAGUUGCUGAUGAUGGAAGAAGCUCAUGCUCCCAACGCAUAUAUUCAAGAGCGUGGUCAGGCGAUUGAGUCGAUAGAACGGACCAUCAACGAGCUAGGCGGCAUUUUCUCUCAGUUGGCCUCCAUGGUUACAGAGCAAGGUGAAAUGCUUCAACGUAUAGAUGCCAAUACCGAGGAUGUUGUUGACAACGUCCAAGGUGCUCAGCGAGAGCUUUUGAAAUACUGGAAUAGAGUACAAGGCAACAGGUGGCUUGUAGCCAAAAUGUUUGGUGUUUUGAUGGUUUUCUUCUUACUUUGGGUACUGAUAUCGGGAUAG